GACGUGAAGUGAACAGAAGUGAAUUGAAAGCGAAAACUGAAAAUGGCUCGUACCAAGCAAACGGCUCGCAAAUCGACUGGUGGCAAGGCGCCACGCAAACAACUGGCUACUAAAGCCGCUCGUAAGAGCGCCCCAGCCACCGGAGGCGUGAAGAAGCCUCAUCGCUAUCGCCCCGGAACUGUGGCCCUGCGUGAGAUCCGCCGCUACCAGAAAAGUACCGAGCUGUUGAUCCGCAAACUGCCUUUCCAGCGUCUGGUGCGUGAAAUCGCUCAAGACUUCAAGACUGACUUGCGAUUCCAGAGCUCGGCGGUGAUGGCUCUGCAGGAGGCUAGCGAAGCCUAUUUGGUUGGUCUCUUUGAAGACACCAACUUGUGUGCCAUUCAUGCUAAGCGAGUCACAAUUAUGCCCAAGGACAUUCAGUUGGCCCGUCGCAUUCGCGGCGAGCGUGCUUAAGUUGAAACGGCUUCAAGUGGCAGCAAUGCGCUUUUAUUUGUACAAAUCGGUCCUUUUCAGGA